AAAAAAAAAAAAGGAAAGAAAGGAAAAAAAAGAAAAAAGCCUCAAAAAUGGCGAACGAUUCUCCUGCAAAAAGUCUGGUGGACAUCGACCUUUCCUCCCUGCGGGAUCCCGCCGGGAUUUUUGAGCUGGUCGAAGUGGUUGGUAAUGGCACGUAUGGGCAAGUCUACAAGGGUCGACAUGUCAAAACCGGCCAGUUGGCAGCCAUCAAAGUCAUGGACGUUACUGAGGAUGAAGAAGAAGAAAUCAAACUGGAGAUUAAUAUGCUAAAGAAAUAUUCUCAUCACAGAAAUAUUGCAACUUAUUAUGGUGCUUUCAUUAAGAAAAGUCCUCCAGGACAUGAUGACCAACUGUGGCUUGUUAUGGAGUUUUGUGGAGCAGGCUCUAUCACAGACCUUGUGAAGAACACAAAAGGGAAUACUCUGAAAGAAGACUGGAUAGCAUACAUCUCCAGAGAGAUUCUCAGGGGGCUGGCACAUCUUCAUGCCCACCAUGUGAUUCACAGGGAUAUCAAAGGGCAAAAUGUGUUGUUAACAGAGAAUGCAGAAGUGAAACUUGUGGAUUUUGGUGUGAGCGCUCAGCUGGACAGGACAGUUGGCAGGAGAAACACUUUCAUUGGAACUCCAUACUGGAUGGCUCCAGAAGUUAUUGCCUGUGAUGAAAAUCCAGAUGCUACGUAUGAUUACAGAAGUGACCUCUGGUCCUGCGGCAUUACAGCCAUAGAAAUGGCAGAAGGAGCUCCCCCACUUUGUGACAUGCAUCCCAUGAGGGCACUCUUUCUGAUACCCAGAAACCCUCCCCCCCGGUUAAAAUCCAAGAAAUGGUCAAAAAAGUUUUUCAGCUUUAUAGAAGGUUGUCUAGUGAAGAAUUACAUGCAGCGACCUUCUACAGAGCAACUACUGAAACAUCCAUUUAUACGUGACCAACCAAAUGAAAGGCAAGUCCGAAUCCAGCUUAAGGACCAUAUAGACAGGACCAGGAAGAAGAGAGGAGAGAAAGAUGAGACGGAGUAUGAAUAUAGUGGAAGUGAGGAAGAAGAGGAGGAAGUGCCUGAACAAGAAGGAGAGCCAAGCUCCAUUGUCAAUGUGCCUGGAGAAUCAACCCUCCGACGUGAUUUCCUGAGGCUGCAGCAGGAAAACAAGGAACGAUCCGAAGCCCUUCGGAGACAGCAGCUGCUGCAGGAGCAGCAGCUCCGUGAGCAGGAGGAGUACAAGAGGCAGCUACUGGCAGAGAGACAGAAGCGCAUUGAGCAGCAGAAGGAGCAAAGGAGACGGCUGGAAGAGCAACAAAGAAGAGAACGGGAAGCUCGCAGGCAACAAGAGCGUGAGCAAAGGCGGAGGGAACAGGAAGAAAAAAGACGUCUGGAAGAAAUGGAGAGGAGACGUAAGGAAGAGGAAGAGAGAAGAAGAGCAGAGGAGGAAAAGAGGAGGGUAGAAAGGGAGCAGGAGUAUAUCAGGCGACAGCUAGAAGAGGAGCAGCGGCACUUGGAAAUUCUACAGCAGCAGCUGCUCCAGGAGCAGGCCAUGUUACUGGAAUACAGAUGGAGAGAGAUGGAGGAGCAUCGACAGGCUGAGCGGCUCCAGCGCCAGUUGCAGCAGGAGCAAGCCUACCUCCUGUCACUGCAGCAUGAUCACAGGCGGCAGCAGCAGCAGCAGCAGCAGCAACAGCAGCAGCAACAACAGCAGCAGCAGGAAAGAAAUAAACAAAGCUAUCAUACCCCUGAGCCAAAAUCCCACUAUGAGCCUGCUGAAAGAGCGCGUGAGGUGGAGGAGAGAUUUAGAAAAACUAAUCAGGGCUCCCCUGAAGCACAGUCUAAGCAGAUGGGCAAAGUGUUGGAGCCACCAGUGCCUUCAAGAUCAGAGUCCUUUUCCAAUGGAAACUCAGAACCUGCUCAGCCUGCCCUGCAGAGGCCAAUGGAGCCCCAAGUACAGUGGUCCCAUCUGGCAUCUCUCAAGAACAAUGUUUCCCCUGUCUCGCGAUCCCAUUCCUUCAGUGACCCUUCUCCCAAAUUUGCUCAUCACCAUCUUCGUUCCCAGGACCCAUAUCCACCUUCACGCAGUGAAGUGCUAAAUCAGAGUUCUGACUCUAAGUCGGAGGUACCCGACCCUACCCAAAAGGCUUGGGCUAGAUCAGACAGUGACGAGGUGCCUCCAAGGGUACCUGUGAGAACAACAUCCCGAUCACCAGUUCUGUCCCGUCGUGAUUCUCCACUGCAGGGCAGUGGGCAGCAAAAUAACCAAGCAGGUCAAAGAAACUCCACGAGCAAUAUAGAGCCUCGCCUGCUGUGGGAAAGGGUGGAGAAGCUCGUACCAAGACCAGGCAGUGGCAGUUCUUCAGGUUCAAGCAACUCUGGCUCCCAGCCUGGUUCUCACCCUGGCUCUCAGAGUGGGUCUGGCGAGCGGUUCCGGAUGAGAUCAUCAUCCAAAUCAGAGGGUUCACCAUCGCAGCGUCAUGAAAGUGCACCUAAAAAGCCUGAAGAGAAGAAGGAGGUCUUCAGACCUAUCAAGCCUGCUGGAGAAGUGGAUUUAACUGCAUUGGCAAAGGAGCUGCGAGCAGUAGAGGAUGUGCGACCUCCGCAUAAAGUGACAGAUUAUUCGUCCUCAAGUGAGGAGUCGGGGACAACAGAUGAAGAAGAUGAUGAUAUGGAACAAGAAGGAGCAGAUGAAUCCACUUCUGGACCAGAUGAUGUCCGAGCAGUGUCAACACUGAACUUGAGCAAUGGUGAAACAGAGUCUGUAAAAACUAUGAUUGUCCAUGAUGAUGUGGAGAGUGAACCUGCCUUGACUCCUUCUAAGGAGGGCACCUUAAUUGUCCGACAGAGUACAGUUGACAAAAAGCGUGCCAGCCAUCAUGAGAGCAAUGGCUUUGCCGGUCGCAUUCACCUCUUGCCAGAUCUCUUACAGCAAAGCCAUUCCUCCUCCACUUCCUCCACCUCCUCUUCCCCAUCCUCCAGCCAGCCGACACCCACCAUGUCCCCACAGACACCCCAGGACAAGCUAACUACUAAUGAGACUCAGUCCGCUAGUAACACACUCCAGAAACACAAAUCUUCCUCCUCCUUUACACCUUUUAUAGACCCCAGAUUACUUCAGAUUUCUCCAUCUAGUGGGACAACUGUGACUUCUGUGGUAGGAUUUUCUAGUGAAGCAAUGAGAUCAGAGGCAAUAAGACAAGACCCAACACGGAAAGGAUCAGUUGUCAACGUGAACCCUACAAAUACACGACCACAAAGUGAUACCCCAGAGAUCCGCAAAUACAAGAAAAGAUUCAAUUCUGAGAUACUGUGUGCUGCCUUAUGGGGAGUGAACUUGUUAGUGGGCACGGAAAGUGGUCUGAUGCUGCUAGACAGAAGUGGUCAGGGGAAGGUUUAUCCACUCAUCAAUCGAAGAAGAUUCCAGCAAAUGGAUGUACUUGAAGGGCUAAACGUCUUGGUGACAAUUUCUGGUAAGAAGAACAAGUUGCGAGUUUACUAUCUGUCCUGGUUGAGAAAUAAAAUCCUUCACAAUGAUCCUGAAGUAGAAAAGAAACAAGGUUGGACAACAGUGGGUGACCUGGAAGGCUGUGUGCACUAUAAAGUUGUAAAAUAUGAAAGAAUCAAAUUCUUGGUAAUUGCAUUGAAGAGUUCUGUGGAAGUCUAUGCAUGGGCACCAAAGCCAUACCACAAAUUUAUGGCCUUUAAGUCAUUUGGUGAAUUGGUACAUAAGCCAUUGCUGGUGGAUCUAACUGUAGAAGAGGGUCAGAGACUAAAAGUCAUUUAUGGCUCCUGUGCUGGCUUCCAUGCUGUUGAUGUGGAUUCGGGAUCAGUCUACGAUAUUUAUCUACCAACACAUAUCCAGAGCAGUAUCCAACCUCACGCAAUCAUAAUUCUCCCAAAUACGGAUGGAAUGGAGCUACUGGUCUGCUAUGAGGAUGAAGGAGUUUAUGUAAACACAUAUGGAAGGAUCACCAAGGAUGUGGUUCUGCAAUGGGGAGAAAUGCCAACGUCAGUUGCAUAUAUUCGAUCCAAUCAGAUUAUGGGCUGGGGAGAAAAAGCGAUCGAAAUACGCUCGGUAGAAACUGGACACUUGGACGGUGUGUUCAUGCACAAAAGGGCACAAAGACUCAAGUUCUUAUGUGAACGUAAUGACAAGGUUUUCUUUGCCUCCGUACGGUCAGGUGGAAGCAGUCAAGUAUAUUUCAUGACCCUUGGCAGGACUUCUCUUCUGAGCUGGUAGAAGCAGUGGGCUUUGGCAAGGAAUUGCUGACAUCCAGAGUCUGAGAUCUUCAUAACUCGGAAUUAUUUUCAACUGGAGUACAGACCUGCACUAAUGCAGCACUCUGUGUAAAUGUGUGUGCAGGCAUCACUGGUGUUAGGUUUCUUUUUGUUUUUCAACUGAGGCUGCAAGGCAGCUGGUGCUGUAAAGAUAUUGCCAUCAGGUGCUACAGUGUCUUUGAGGUUUGGGAUCAUGCUAGAAAGCUACAGGUCUUUUUUUGCCUUCAGCUCCAGGAUUCCUAGGCUUUGAAGGACUCUGUUAGUGUUAAAACAGAGGGGGGGAAAAAAAGGAAAACAAAACAGAUUUACCGUGAACAUGCUGUUGAGUGGACAGGAGGCAGGCAAGAGAAGGUGAGAAGUGGUGUAGAGAGUCAGAAAGGCUGAAACAGAAGGGCAGAUCUAGUCUAUCUAGUAAUGUUAACAAUGUAUUUAAUUGACAUUUCUUUUUUUGUAAUGUGACAAUAUGUGGACGAAGAGGAAGGUGCAGGUUUUAAGAAGUUAAUAUUUAUAAAAUGUGAAAGAUGCAGUGAC